UCCAAUGUGUUAAAAGGAGGUUUAGGGCUUCCUGGAGCGAGCGAGCGAUCGGCCUGAUGCUUCUCUCCUGCGACCUGGUAGCGUCGCCCCGCCAGGUACAAUUGGCAUUGGAUUGGAGAAUCGCAGCUCCAUGUCGUGGCUGGAGAAGGAAGAGCAUCACUAGCGUCAGUAGUAGCAGUAGACGAAGGAGGGGCCGCCUUGGAGCCCUUCUAGUGGGUCAGCUAGCGCUCAUCCAUCGCCGUCGUCUCAAUCCUCGCCAGCAUUCAUCGCUCGAUUGCUCCAGCAACGGCAACCAAUCCGCGCUGCUACGCAGCGACCAAGACAAUGGCGGCGCUGUUGGAGGCGAUGGAGGCGAUGGCUUGUCCGCGGCUUUUGGCGGAGAUGGCGACGUUGGUGGCCGGGAUGGCGACGAUGGCGGAGGUGGACGAGGACAGCAGCAGCAGCAGCAGGGAGUGGUGGACAAGGACGUGCAGCUUGCGUACCUCAAAGAGGUGGCGAGAAUCGCUCAUUCGGAGCUGGAGCGCGCGAGGUUGCACAGCAGGGAGCUCGAAGGCGAAGCACAGAGAUUUGCCGAGCGAGCCAUUGCGCUGGGCGAUGAGGCUACCAACAUCUCCACUGCAGCUGCCAAUGCCAGAACCGCCAUCGACAAACUCCACGCUCAAGAGGCCGCGGCCAGAGAAGCCGUGGAGAAAGAAAGCGUGGUGCUAUCGGCUGCCAAGAGGAACAUCAAGAUGGUGGAGCAAGAGCUGGAUGCCGCGAGAACGAGAGCCGAGGAAACGGCUGAAGGUCCGUCCGAGCAAGUGAAGGAACAGCAAGCUCUUCUGGAGUCUGCGUGGUUGGAGCUCCAAAAGUCCGAGGAAGCGUUUCGAAACUGCCAGCUCGAGGUGUCUCGAAUGGAGAACGCUUAUCCGGAGCUCCAGACCGAGCUUGAUCGCCUAGAGAAACUUGCCGACGCAGCCAAAGCCGUGGCACUCGCUGCCGAGGACGAUGUUGCCAAGGCGAUGUCGCUGGCGGAGCAAGCCGUGGCGGUGGAACUCGAGGCAGCACAGCGUCUCAACGAUGCAGAGAUUGCUCUACAAAAGGCUGAAACACCUCCUGCCGCCACUGUUACUACCACGGCCGCUACCACGACCUCGACCACCACCACCACCACCACUGCCACCGUCGAGAAAAAUGGCUUGAUUGCUGAUCAGAUGGUAGAGUCCACCACCGAAACAGAGCGUAUAGUGGAGGAGCUCGUUAAAGUGGAGAUCAAGGACAAAGAGCCGUUUAUUCCCGUUAAAUCCAAGACGAAUAUGGAGAAGUCCGAGGCAGAACUACCAGGGGUUCCAGUCGGGCUUUUCUCACAGAAAUCAGACACGAAAGCAGCCGAGGUCGGGAAUCUCAAGUCUUUUACCAAGAAAUCUUCUCGGUUUUUUCCAGCGUCCUUCUUUUCGUCCGACGAAGCGGAAGAGUUCUCGCCGUCCUCACUCUUCUCAGGGUUAUUGCUAUCGGUCAGACAAAAUAUUCUUAAAGUUGCCAUUGGUGGAGUACUUCUCCUUGGUGGAGCGGUUUUUGUCGCUGGCAGAGCAGAAAAAGCUAGCCAGCUUAUUCAUUCUUCUGAGGCUUAUGUCGCCACAAGUGCUAAACCUCUCUUGCAAAAACUAGACAAGUUACCCUCCAGGAUCAAGGUCGUGAUUGACAAAUUGUCAAAGCAAGAGGUCAACGAAGAGGAGGCCUCUCUCUUUGAUGUUUUGUGGCUGCUCUUGGCCAGCGUGGUCUUUGUUCCCGUUUUUCAAAAGAUUCCUGGAGGAAGUCCUGUCCUCGGGUAUUUGGCCGCUGGGGUGCUAAUUGGUCCGCACUCGCUCCAUAUAAUCCGAAACGUACACGGAACCAAAGCUAUUGCUGAAUUUGGCGUCGUCUUUCUACUUUUUAACAUUGGCCUCGAGCUUUCAGUGGAAAGACUAAGCUCGAUGAGAAAAUAUGUCUUUGGCUUUGGAUCGAGUCAGGUCUUGGCUACGGCACUAGCGUCUGGCUUGUUUGCGUACUACGUCUCAGGACUUACACUUCCUGCUGCUAUUGUAAUCGGCAAUGGAUUGGCGCUCUCGUCCACGGCCGUCGUCCUGCAGGUGCUCCAAGAGCGUGGUGAAAGCACAUCUCGUCAUGGCCGUUCGGCAUUUUCAGUUUUACUCUUUCAGGAUCUGGCAGUCGUAGUUCUUCUCAUUCUGAUACCUCUCCUGUCACCAAAUUCGUCAAGAGGCGGGGCUGGACUCAACGCGAUUGCCGAAGCUCUUGGAAUAGCGGCUGUGAAAGGAGUGAUUGCCAUCAGUGGGAUAAUUGCGGGUGGUAGACUGCUUCUUCGUCCUAUAUACCGGAGUAUGGCUGAAAAUCACAAUGCCGAAAUAUUUGCGGCAAACACUCUGCUCGUUGUUCUUGGAACUAGCGUUCUCACUGCCAGGGCCGGGCUUUCUAUGGCCCUUGGCGCGUUUCUUGCUGGACUCCUUUUGUCAGAAACCGAGUUCGCUCUGCAAGUUGAAUCCGAUAUUGCACCAUAUCGGGGUCUUCUUCUGGGACUUUUCUUUAUGACAGUUGGGAUGUCUAUAGAUCCGCAGCUGUUUUUAGCCAAGUCCAACAUCAUCCUGGGGUCAUUGGCUUUGCUGAUUGUUGGCAAAGCCAUGUUGAUAGCUUGUCUGGGUCGUCAGUUUGGUCUUUCUAGUGUAGCAGCACUUCGUACUGGUCUUUUACUUGCUCCUGGCGGGGAGUUUGCUUUUGUUGCCUUCGGCGAAGCAGUGAACCAGGGAAUCAUGAGCCAACAGCUAUCUUCCCUCAUGUUCCUGAUUGUUGGCUUGUCCAUGGCAUUAACUCCUUGGCUUGCUGCGGCCGGACAAAUAAUCUCAACAAAGUUCGACCAGCAGGACGUCCGAAGCCUGCUACCUGCAGAGAACGAGACGGAUGAUCUAGAAGGCCACAUGAUAGUUUGUGGAUUUGGUCGAGUCGGCCAGAUCAUCUCGCAAAUGCUGUCGGAGCGACUGAUUCCCUUCGUUGCGCUUGAUGUCCGAAGUGAGCGUGUAAGCAUGGGCCGAGCUCUCGAUCUCCCUGUUUACUUUGGAGACGCCGGAAGUAAAGAGGUGCUACACAAGCUCGGUGCCGACAGGGCAGCUGCUGCGGUGAUCACUCUCGACACCCCCGGAGCAAACUACAGGGCUGUGUGGGCUCUGAGCAAAUAUUUUCCCAAAGUCAAGACUUAUGUGCGUGCUCACGACGUCGAUCACGGCAUCAACCUGGAGAAAGCAGGAGCAACCGCUGUUGUUCCCGAGACGUUGGAACCGAGCCUGCAGUUGGCGGCAGCAGUACUUGCCGAGGCAAAACUUCCCGCAUCUGAAAUAGCCUCCACUAUAAACGAGUUUCGAUCAAGACAUCUUGCAGAGCUGACAGAGCUUACCAAGAAAAGUGGUACAUCUCUUGGCUAUGGCUUCUCCCAAAACGUUGGAGCGAAACCAAAGCAAAGCAGUGCAGGCAAGAGUGAAGACGAUGGCUCCCCAGACCGUAGGUUCGAAGGUGUCAUCGCAGUUCCUUGAGUUGGUUGUUAAUACGUAAUUGAUGGAAAGCGAUGGCCUCCGAUAUUUCUCUUGAGCUUUA